AUAGAUAGAUAGAUAGAUAGAUAUUCAUAAUCGGAGACGAAUUUGAGUGAUAGAAAGUCAUGUUGGAUCUUAAUCUCAGUGUUGUCCACAAUGAAAACUCCAUGGCGAUUACAGAGAAGUUUCCAGAUGGUUCAGGGGGCCAAAUGGACGAGUCAGGGACGUCGAAUUCCUCAAUAGUGAAUGUCGAAGUUUCGAGCAAUGCCGGCGACGACGAUGACUCCUGCUCGACACGCGUCCCCGGACGAGACAUCUUCGCCUUCAAUUUCGGCAUCAUGAAGCUCGGAGGCGAGUGCAACGACAACACUACUGAGGAAGGCAAAGAGGAUCGAAUGACUCAGUCUGAGUUUGUGACUCGUCAGCUUUUCCCUGUGAGCGGGGACCCUGGAUUGACCGUGGGGCAGAGUUUGGCACCGUCGCCGGGCGCGUUGUUGAGGCCUAAUUUGGUAGAUCUCUCCUUCGGUCAAGCUAGCUCUGGUGGCUUACAAGAGGUGAGAGUCCUACAACCACAACAACAGCAGGUAAAGAAGAGUAGACGAGGACCGAGGUCUCGGAGCUCACAAUACAGAGGAGUGACGUUCUACAGAAGAACUGGAAGAUGGGAAUCGCAUAUCUGGGACUGCGGGAAACAAGUGUAUUUGGGUGGAUUUGACACUGCUCAUGCUGCGGCCAGAGCUUAUGACCGUGCUGCAAUUAAGUUCCGGGGUGUUGAUGCAGACAUAAACUUUAAUCUCAGUGACUAUGAAGAGGAUCUGACACAGACAAAGAAUCUGACCAAAGAAGAAUUUGUGCACAUACUCCGCCGCCAGAGCACUGGUUUCUCAAGGGGGAGCUCAAAGUAUAGAGGAGUGACUCUGCACAAAUGUGGCAGAUGGGAAGCUCGAAUGGGACAGUUUCUUGGCAAAAAGUAUAUAUAUCUUGGGCUAUUCGACAGCGAAAUAGAAGCUGCAAGGGCUUACGACAAGGCAGCUAUCCAAUAUAACGGAAGGGAGGCAGUCACGAACUUUGAGCCAAGUACUUAUGACGGGGAGACAAUAUCUGAGGUCAAUGGUGGAGGUGGCGACCACAAUCUUGAUCUGAACUUGGGGAUUUCAACCCCGUCUUCUGGAGAUGGUCCAAAGGAUAAUAAAAAUUCAGGGCAUCUGCAAUUUCACCCUUACGGCAUUCAGGAUGCAAGGAGAUCAAAUAUGAAGAAUCCCUCUACAACUACAAUAGGGAAUCCUACUCUUGAAGGACUAGCAAUGACAUCCGAGCACUGUCCCUUAUGGACUGGUGGCGUAUAUCCUAACUUCUUUCCUAGUUACGAGGAAAGAGCAACAGAAAAAAGAAUUGAAGUGGGUUCUUCUCAAGGACCGCCAAACUGGGUUUGGCAAAUGCAUGGUCGGGUCACCCCUACCCAAAUGGCGACGUUCUCUACUGCAGCAUCAUCAGGAUUCUCAUCUGUGUCUACUACUGCUCUCUCUGCUUCCAUUCAUCCAUCAAAUCCUCCUAAUCCAACGGCCCUUAAUCUCUGUUUUUCCUCAUCUGCCACAGCAAGCGGCAACCCUCAAUACUACUACCAAAUGAGGCCACUGCAACCACCACCAUAAUCAGUCUUUCCUCUGUAUCAAGGGCAGGUAGGCAGGCAUAAAAAUGCCUUUUCAAUUUGUUUUUAUGUUUCAAAUAUUGAUUGAUAUAUACACCAAGAACAGGCUUGACCUUGGUAAAAAACCAUUACCAUACUAUGUAGACAAAUUGCUAUUUUCUUGGUCUAUAUGGGCAUUAUUACAUCAUGGCAUGUUCAACUAUGAGAUUUUGUUCAUUUUGAGCCUUGUUCAUGCGAUUGGCUUUAUCUGAUGUGCUGUCUCAAGAGGAAGGAAAAUUAUAUUCUUCAGGGCU